AUGACUGCCACUCUCACCGUUCUCUACCCCAACGUGGCCGGCGCCGAGUACAACUUCGACUACUACAUCAACAGCCACAUGCCCCUGGCCGCCGCCAAGUGGAAGCCGUCGGGCUGCCUGAGCUGGACCGUCGCCAAGUACCAGCCGGGACCGGACGGCGCGCCGCCCAAGUACGCCUUCGCCGGCCUGAUCCGCUUCAGCAGCCUCGAGGCCAUCCACAAGGCCCUUGCCUCGCCCGCGACCCUCGAGCUCAUGGAGGACGUCCCGAACUACAGCAACCAGGAGCUGCAGUUCCUGAUGGCCGAGGACGCCGAGAGCACGGAUGCGUGA